UAGAAUAAAAUGGAGGGCUCUAAUGAAGCCAUUGAAAAAUUCGAGAUAGAAGAUAGAAAACAGCUCAAUGAUUAGGCUUUUUCAUCUCUUGUAUUAUAAGGAGACAUUAAGAAAUCUUUUAGGGGUUUAUGAGAUUUCUCUCUAUCAAGCUUGGAUUUCCCUUCACUCAUGAUUCAAUUCAUAUAAUUUUUGCAAUAAAUGAACACGCUGGAAGGUCUUAAGUCUUUUAAACACUAUUCGUACUGUUACUAGCAUCCACAAGUUCUUUCUUGAUAGAAAGAACAUCAUAAUAGAGGGAGAUUUGGAUCCUGACAAUUUCAAGGGGUUUUGAAUAUUCCAAUAUUCAUAUUCCUUGUAAUUAAUAUAAAUUUG